CAUUUUCUUUUUUGAAAAGACUGAAAAGCUUCGGCUUUUAUAAACGGCCACAAAAUACUGCCAACACGCAAACGUAGUUCACAGCAACCAAGUGUUAACAAAAUGAUUUCGCGUCGGAAAAUUAUUUCGCGUUCCCUCGACAAUCUGGAUUUGAUACCAAAUGUCGAAGAGGAAGAGGAUGUCUGGUAUAAUAAAGAGAAACUAUUUAGGGAUCACAUUAAUGAAGUGCUCAGCAAAUGGGAACAAAUCGAUGAUGAGAUCUGGGCAAAGGUUAUAGUAUUCGAAAAGAAUCGAAGAGUUGCCAAAGCGUAUGCCAGAUCUUCAGUGAUUACUAUAAAUGGUGGCAAAAAUGGUUUCGAUGGCGUAAGAAUCGGCUUGAGCGGUUUUGAUAAUCCCAUGCGUGAUGCUGAUACAAAAGUAGCGAAAAAAUCAGUCGGUGAAGGUUUCAAAAUUAAAAUGGAUGAUAUUGGUAAUAUACUUAUCAAACGUUAUGGCAAGAGCAAUGUCUUCGUACACAACACUUCAAUGGCUAACGAGGAGACGGUUAUUGGCGCGGAUAUAUUACAAAUGCCAAAUAUGGCGCUAGCGCCAGGCACAUCAGCAAAG